CUUCCAGUUCGGACUACCGCUGAGAAGCACAAGACUCUGAACCAUAGCUUGGCAGAUUAGAGCCCACGUCCAGCUCCAGCAGAGAUGGGAAACUUCCUCAUGCGCUUCAGCCAAGAUGAGAUACCCGGCACACUUCCAAAAGAUGAGAUACCAGGCGGCCAGCCGCUGCGCCGACAGGGCACCAGCGUGGUCGAUCAGUUCCACGGACCGCUCCUCCGCGUCGAUGGCGGUCUGCGUCCCUUGGCCAACGCCGGUGACGCUGCCAAAGCCCUUGCGCCCGGCCGCUUCAACCACUCAGGCUUCACCUCUGCCUCACCCUCCACACUUCCAAAAGAUGAGAUACCAGGCGGCCAGCCGUUGGGCCGACAGAGCACCAGCGGGGUCGGUCUGUUCCACGCACCGCUCCUCCGCGUCGGUGACAGUCGGCGUCCUGUGGCCAACAAUGGCGACGGUGCCAAAGCCCUUGCGCACGGCCGCUUCAACCACUCAUGCUCCACCUCCACCUCACCCUCACUUCCAAUAGAUGAGAUGCCAGGCGGCCAGCCGCUGGGCCGACAGGGCACCAACGUGGUUGGUCAGUUCCACGGCGUCCACGAACGGCGUCCCCUGGCCAACGCUGCCAAAGCCAUUGCACCCGGCCGCUUCAAACCCUCAGGCUCCACCUCCACCUCACUAUCCACCUCCACGGAAACUGUUACAGCUGAGGGGAAGAAAAUGCGGGCUGUGGCGGAUCACUGGGCUAGGAUGAAAAAAGGUGAGCGUACGCUGGACAGCUGGGAUCUUACCUAUCUGGAAUGCAAAAUAUUCUCUUGGUCUCUGGAGGACGUCCUCAACAAGAACCUGCUCAAGGAAAAGGUGAAGAAAAUACCCAAGACUUUUGCAUCGCUGGAGCAUUAUUUGGAUUCGUUUGCUGACCCAUUGGUUGAGGAAGUACAUGCGGACGUCCUUUCUUCAUUCGAGGGUUACCAUCAAGCACCAUUUGUUCAAGUAACGGGGAUUCAGGAGCUCGAUCGAGGCAAGAAGUCGACCUUCUUCUGUUUCCUGGCUGCCAAGUCGUCCCGGGAAACAUCGUACACUCCUACCAAGGAUGACAUUGUAGCCGUCUCCUCGAGAAAAAGCAAGCACCUGUCAUCCUACGUCCUGGGUUCGGUUUGCAAGAGUGGAGAAGACGAUGAGGAUUUCCCAGCUGAUUGCUUCAUUGUUAGGCUGUUGUCUGCUCCGCCGGUGGAGGUUGACGCUGAAACGAAGAAACCCAUGGCGCCAUUGUUUGUCUCGUUUCUCAUGAAUACCAAGACAUACAAUCGUAUCUGGACGUGCCUUCAGCUGGGAAAGACGAGUGGUGGGAAGAGAAGGAGUGAUGCCAGUCUCGUGGAUGCCAUCUGGAGGUACAGCACCUCAAAGGCAGUCGAAGACGACUACCAAUUAUCUCAUCGGUCAGCUCACAUCGACCUUGGGCUCGACGACAGGUUCAGACUUAACAAGUCGCAGCUGAAUGCAGUGGAAGACUGCGUUUCAGCAAUAGGGAGCCCUUCUCCUUCUCUGAAACUGAUACAGGGGCCUCCCGGGACUGGUAAAACCAAGACCAUCAGCACCAUACUGUGGGCAAUGCUACUCAGGGGGCACCGGACGCUUACUUGUGCGCCCACGAAUACUGCAGUGCUGGAGGUCGCGUCUCGAAUUGUCCAGCUUGUCCGGGAGUUGUCAAAUGGAAGCAACGGCCACUGCUUCCUGAGUGACAUCAUUCUGCUGGGAAAUAAUGAGAGGAUGAAGGUAGAGGCCAGUCAUGAUCUCUCUUCCGUGUUCCUCCAAUAUCGUGUCGAGCGGCUUUUGCAAUGCUUCUCGCCCAACACAGGCUGGGGGCAUUGCUUGCGUUCACUGAUAGAUUUUCUUGGGGAGCCUGUGACGAAAUACCGGUUGCACACAGAUAAAAUUAUCAGGAACCAAGAGGAGGAGAAGAAGAGAAACAUUUCAUCAAAUGUAGAUAAGAAGAAUAGAAAUAUUGCAAAAUGUAAUAAAGGGAAAGGCCAUGAAAAGGGUAGGUCUAAGAAUGAGCCUCGAGACGUACAAAUGCUUGUUACCCUGUCAUUCAAGGAUUUUGUGAAAGCUACACACAAGGAACUUGCUCACAACUUGUGCCACUGCAUCGAGAUAUUGCAGAAUGAUUUUCCAAGAGACUCUACGAUGGCACAGAGUUAUCGGUGCAUGUCUGAUGUGGUAGAGCUGACAGGAAUUCUUGGUGCAUUGGUAGAUGCCGGUGGCGGUGAUGACCACGAAGCAUGGGUGGAUGAUCUUGGCGAAGCUUGCAGCCUAUGCUCUGUGAACAGUGAUCCAUGCAAGAAAUGCAAAUUCAGGAAAGUGAGGUCACAAUGUCUUCAAGAACUGAUAUAUCUGCGCAACAAUUUGAAGCUGCCCAACUGGUACGACAAGCGGCAAUUAGAAAUCAACCUGCUAAGGAGAGCCAAGAGUAUCAUGUGCACUGUUUCCACUUCUUUCAGGCUGUAUAAUGUACUGCCCAAGGACAAACUUGUUGGUGGGCAACACAAAGAAGCCGAGAUCUUGUUGGUCGUCGACGAGGCCGUGCAGGUCAAAGAGUGUGAGGCCUUGAUCCCACUACAGCUUCCUUGCAUAAGGCAUGCUGUUUUCAUCGGAGACGAGCGUCAGCUACCUGCUCUCGUUAAGAGUAAAAUAUCCGAUAAUGCUGAUUUCGGAAGAAGUGUUUUUGAGAGGCUACGCUCGGUAGGCUGCGGCAAGCACUUCCUCAAUAUCCAGUACAGGAUGCAUCCGGAGAUAAGCAGGUUUCCUGUGUCCAAGUUCUAUGGCGGUCAGAUACAUGACGGCUCCAAUGUCAUCUCCGAGAGCUACGGGCGCCACUUCUUAAGCGGCAACAUGUUUGGGCCGUAUUCGUUUAUCAAUGUGUGUGGGGGGCGUGAGACUAGCGAGGAACAUAGCCGGAGCCCCAAAAAUACCAUUGAAAUCGCCGUUGUCUCGCUGAUAGUUGAGAGAUUGUUCCAAGAGUCAACUUCUUCAAGAACAAGACUAUCUGUUGGUAUCUUGUCACCAUACAAUGCUCAAGUGAGAGCAUUCCAGGAAAAGCUGGAGAAAUCAUACAGCAGCUACGAUGGUUUCUCUCUCAAGAUAAAGUCUGUGGAUGGUUUCCAAGGCGGGGAGGAAGAUAUCAUCAUCAUAUCCACUGUGAGGAGCAAUGAGGAUGGCGCAGUUGGGUUUCUCAAGGACACAAAGCGUACCAAUGUGGCUCUCACAAGGGCCAAGUAUUGUUUGUGGGUGAUUGGCAAUGCAACGACUUUGUCCAAGAACACGUCUGUCUGGCAGAACAUUGUGUCUGACGCUAAAAAACGCCGGCGCUUUUUCCAUGCCAACCGUGACAAAGGUUUGUCAGAUGCAAUACAGGCGGCCACUAUUGAGCUUGAUGGCUCUGAGAAUCUGCGCAAGAUGGGAUCCUUGCAAUGAGCGCCACGAUCUGAGAGACGCAGGAAGGAGUGUUGUUCUUCAACGGAUUUGAAGUUCCCAAAGUGGAUCAUAUAUCUUGAGGUGUUUUGUGCUACCCUCAAAUAAAUAAGAGCCGUCCUUUUCCAUGGAUCCAAAGGUCAAUACCAGUUCAUACUGGUGCUAAAAACAUGACCAGUAAAAUUUCUACUGCUAACAAAACUAGAUGAGAAUCGGUACCCGAGUAGCAAACCACUCCCUAGCUAUUUCAUGUGUGGUUUUGUUCAUAUCCCUCCCACAGUGCUUGAACUCGACCUUCCCAAUGUAACCUGCAUGUGUGACUACGUCAGCAUAAAUGGCCGUGGCUUCAUUCUA